UCUUAUGCUCGGGACUGUGAGCUAUGCAGCCGUUGGGUAUCUCAAGCGUUUCCGUAAAUAGAUCAAGUUCACUGGAGUAGCAUGUGCAUGCUCCGAUACAUGACUCCUCGCCUUAGAAGAUUCUGAUUGGUGUCAUAUGUGAUUGUAAAAGAGAGAGAGGGGAAGGCACGACUAAGAGAGGUGGCUCGCUUCGCGGCGAAGCUUGACAACGCUCCCAAACUUCAACUCUCCGAGCCAGGUACAUCGCAAAGCAUCCUGCUUCAUAUACAUCCCCGAACAUGUCUCGCGUCCCCCAACCUCAACCGGACGAAGAUCCACUCAAUCCAAAGGCCGCAGCAUCAGCCCUUGACUUCCUCCUCAUCGAGCUGGUUCCGCUCGCUCAGCGAGUGACCGAGCAAGUCAAUGCCCGGCACAAAGCACUAAGAGAGCAGUACGAGCGUACGAGGACGUCGAUCAGAACCACGGCGUCUACACCCAUCAACCAAGAUGAGCAACAAGGAGCCAAUGCCGAGAAUGGGGCGAUUGGCAGGGAAGCAAAACGCUCUGUGGAUGACCAAGAGCCCGCCUUGACAAGCCUAGGCUUCCCCGUCAUGACCGAGCAGACUCGAGAGGGUGUGUUCUGGCGGCUCGACGGUAUGGGUUACCGAGUAGGACAAGGACUGGUUGAGCGCUUCUCCGUCAACAAGCCCAGACCAACCAACGAGCUGGAUGCCAUCAAGUUUAUAUGUAAGGAUCUAUGGAUCCUUGUUUUCCGCAAGCAGAUCGACAACCUCAAGACCAACCAUCGAGGCAUCUUCGUGCUCACGGACAACAAAUUUCAGCCGCUCAGUAAGAUGAGCAUUGACCGGCGGGCGGGUAACAAGGCCGCUGAAGAAACUGCUGCUAGAGCGCAGACGUACCUAUACUAUCCGUGUGGCGUCAUACGAGGCGCUCUUUCUGGCUUCGGGAUGGAAGUCACCGUUGAAGGCUCUACAACAGAGAUCCCAUCGGCCACCUUUCAGAUCAAGACGAAGGGCGCGAAGCCGUAAGCAACGUCAGAGAUGUCUUCCUCCUACGACAACAAGCGUGCAGUCACAGCGUCUGCUGCUGUUACCCAGCACAAUGCUCAAAAGCUC